CAGGUCAGCGUUAGGUGACAACAUUGGUGAACGGUUUCCUAAAGAGUCGGGUUCGGGAUGCUGCGCGGAUAAGGAUAAGGCGGUAACAGAGACACAAAACAUACCUUUGUAAGAGGAGAUCAAGAUCGGCACGGGCGAUGGUGACCGUGUCAGAAGAGGACGACAUUUUGACGAGAACUCAGAAUCGCAGACUGAGGGUAUCGGGAGCUUGUAAAGCGCAGAACCAAAAUAUUUAAAUAAAGUAUUGGUUGGUGGAAGCUGCCCGCGCCAUGAUAUGGACCCUGCUGCGAGCUCUUUCCUUUUCAUCCAAUUCAAAGUGAACUGACUUUCCCACUGGGAGCAGCCUCCAGCUCUCUCCCAAUCGCACGCUUAUCUUCACGUGUGCGGUGUGAAAUGAUGCAGCCAGCUGCUUCCCAAUUGCUCACCAUCUCCGGGCUUAGCGUCAAAGUAUCCCGCCAUGGCCACCGCUUUUUGGCCUCUCUGUUGUCUUUGGGCCUGCAAAUGAUGCCAUGAGGCUGGCUGGAUGUCCCGUCAUACGGCUGUCAGUGACAGGAACAGCAUGACUGACAGCUGCAACCACUUGCGCCAUCCAGUGCCGUACAGGAGCAGAGGCACAACGAUUCCUGAUAUUGCCUCUUCACUCCGAAGCCACUGAUCCAGCGCUCGGCCAUUGCUUGGUCUCAAGUGCGAUGUCCGGACGGCGGGGUUUUGGGCGGCGAAGUUUCAUCAGGAAAAGACAUCUCUAUCAUGCUGCCGGUACUCGAGCGUUGCACGGCCAACACUUCAACAGCCAACGUGCAGAGAAGAGGUGCGGAGAUGCGAGGUCGAUGGCCGACAGACCACCGACUGGCUGGUCCCCACAGUUUAAGCAUCUUGGCGAUGGUGGUCGAUCUGCGGUGGAAACAGCAAGAAGAUAUACCGGCAUACGGCCAAUUGUCACCGGCGAAGGAGAGAUCACCUUGGGUAUUUAUGCGGUUACGAUGUUGAACACAACGAUCAGGAUAUUUUUAGCCGUGCACCUGGACACGAAGCCAGGAUACGAAGGAGCAUAAAAAAGAGCCAGGGUUGAGUGGGUAACGCGGUCUCCUGUUCUGUCGACGCCACUUCAGGGCUCCCGCUAAGCCCGAUGCUGCAAUGCUGUUAAUUGGUUGCAGCAUCGAGUGGAGUCGCUCGCUCGCCGGCCUGUCGUUGGUCGUGGAAUGCACGCAAAGCCUGGAACUCCAACCCUCGACUUUCUCAUUCCAGCCGCCUCCCAACUCCAUCGUGCCUUGAAAGCGCUGCCUUUUUUUUUUUGGCUUGUUCCAUCGUUUUCUGUUCCUUGGGCAACCGGAACCGCACACUCGCUUUUCUGAACGCUCGCUACUUUUGUUGUCUAGCUGUCCCAAGUGACGCCUACUCUCGCUGAACCUUCACGCACAUACCCUUCCUGGCCAACCCUCGUUACUUUUACUCCACGCCCGUUUCGCGCGGGUCUCAUUUUCGGCCAAACCGCCAAUAGGGGUUACCCGCCGUGGCCCAGCAAGCAAACGCCCCUGUACCACUUUGAGAGAGACACCUGACGUGAACACCGGCACAAACACCACUGCGACCGAGCCUUUUCUCCGACGUUGAACAGACAUCUUUACUUUCGCUUCCCUCUUCUCGGUACCUGGUCGACCUGGUCGCCUGCCCCUCGAGCAUUUUCAGACGCGAUCGAUCCAAGUUGGUCAACAUGAAGUUUUCGUCGGCUGUUGCCCUCCUGGGCCUCUCCUCUUCAGUCUCCGCGCUCGCAUGGCCCGGUUUCUUGCCAGAACUUGACAGUCUGGUGGUAAGGCAGAACAGUGAUGAAACGACCAACUCCCCGAAGCCAACAAACACACCCUCGAGCAAUGACAACAACAACGAAGAGGAGGAAGAGAAGACCACAACGGGCCCAGCCACACCACUCAGGACAAACCUCAACACAGCCGGCAUUUCGCAAUCGGGCAAGGCCACAGGCAGCGCAGCACCGAAUGGCACCACUUCCGGCAAGCCCCGCCAAACUGAAUUCAAUCCACAAGACCCAGCUGGCGCCGUCGUCAUGAUCACCCCUUCGGUUAUGGAAGGCUACCAGCUGUAUAAGAUUGGCGACUACAUCACCUGGGCCUGGAACUACACCAACCUGCAAGGAACUCCCACCGCCAUCGACGUGCUUGUUACCAACACCGUAGCCAAGCAGACGUGGACCCUCACCCAGAACAUGACGUUUCAGGAGCAAGGAAGUUACACUUGGGACACGGGCGCAUACGACCGGACAGCCGUGGCGUCUCCUCUGUUGGUGGAACAGUACACCCUCAUCAUCCACGAUUCUGACUCGGAGCCCACUGGCCCGGCACCUGCGGGCAUGCUUGCGCCCUUCAACAGCUUCAAAUUCGGAUUAUACACCCCCAAGGUCUAUACCCCCAUCAGCGACGGCUGGAAAUGCGCCUCUUGCAAUGGUGCGGGUGGCAUGUCGAUUGACAGCAAGGCCGUGGCUGCCGCGGGCGUGAUGAGUGUGAUCACAGUAUUGAGCUUCACGUGGUUCGUGGCUGGGUUUGGUGGGUUGAUGUAGAUGUGUCUGUAAUUGAUCUGAAAAUGGUUGAUUUCGUCACGUCGUACAGUGGGAGGAGCAAAAGAAUAAAAUGAAAAGGGGGGCGAGAUCUACAGUGCUGUAAAGUCUUUUCCAAAAGAGGUGAGGAAUACUUACGCUUAAUAUGGGAAGACAGAAAAGUGUAAUUUGGUUGGCUGUUUACUUUUUCUGUCUUUGGCACAAAGAAUUGGUUCUAUUUUUCGGGGCUGGGGGCGUUGGCUAGAAACAUGUUUUUCGGUACGCUUGAUUUGGUUUCGAAAAAGUCGAAAGCAGAAGCGGCAGAGCGGUUGAGUUGUUGACUAAGGGGAUGGAUUUCUCAUUUUCACCUGUAUCUGUUUUUUUGGACAUCUCACACACAUUCAUGGCGAGCUUUUUCCGGAAAGAUGACGACUUUCAUGCAUACAUACAUAUAUUUCAGGUAGCUUUAAUGACGAAGGGUAUAUCUUGACUUUUCUGUCUUGUUGGUCUUCUUGAUAUUGCAUUAUAUAUACAGUUGCCCCCUUUCCACGGCUUUUUGGUAUCCAUGUGUCGCAGUCUAUGUUCAUUAGUUGCUAUUACAUCAC